AUGACGAAUUAUACUCUUAUGACCUUCAUGAUUAGAUUAUCUUUAUUAAUAUUUCGGGCUCCGCAGUUUAUUUCUAAGCGUUAUGAUAGAAAAAAUGAACAAAUAGAAUUUGAUAAAGAACCACCAGCUUUAACGUCCUCGGUAAUUGAUGAGCAUAGGUUUAUUGAAGGUCGAAGAUUUCGUAUUGCCACAAAUGCCACUUACAUAUUUCCAAGUGACUGUAAAGAAGCUACACGAUUUAAUGAAACUAUGAAACUUAUGAAACGAUUAUUUGACUCUAGUUAUUCGGCUCCUGUUGAAAAAUUAUUAAUAAACGGUGCAAAAGUACUUGAAAUAGGAACUAGUGGCGGAUUUUGGUUAACAGAUAUGUCAAAACAAUACUCGAUGUCAACAUUUUUGGGUUUGGAUACGUCGACCAUUUUUAAUCCCGAGUGUUUACCAGAAAACUGUGCAUUUCUUGAAUAUAAUUAUUUUAAUGAAAUACCAUUUCCUGAAAAUAUAUUCGGAAUUAUUUCUGAAAUUGUUAACGCCGGGCCUGCAACUAAAACAUUUGUUGAAUCAAUGCUCAAAUGUUUCCAUUUUAAUGGGCUCGAUCCUAAUAUUGUGCGUACUUUUCCUAGAAAGCUAAAAUCCUUAAAUAUUAGAAAUAUUCAAGUAGUUGAAAUACCAUUUUACUUUUCACCAAAUCAUCCCAUCUCAAAAAAUAAGGGGCAAGAAUUACUACUUGCAACCGCAGAAUCUUUAAGAGUAAUGAUUAAACUAACGGUGGGAUAUACUGAUGAAGAGUAUGAUGUAUUAGUAAAAAAUAUCAUCGCAGAAACAGAAAUUUUUAAUAUGUACACAGUUUGUGUAAGAACUUUUGGACAAAAGAGUUUAGACAUUACAUGA